AUGGAAUUACACGGUACAAAAACAUCAUUGAAGCUCAAAAUCGCUGCAACGCUAAUCGUUCUGCAUUUUGCUCACACACAAUCAGCCAAGACUAACGCCAGGCCAGUACACGAAAUAAUCAACGAACAAGCGAGAAGUGACGAUAAAACAAGACAUAAUAAUGCACCUGGAGUACUUCCUUACGGUAACCCACUAGCAGGUAACUCACAGCAAAAUGCAAGACUACACGCGCAAAACCAACAAGCAAUGUUCAACGCUGAAAGGAUAAGACAACAUCGAGCCCAGGUACAGAGGUGGACUAAAGCCCCUCUUCCUGUAGACAGCUACAUGAAAGCAUACCACGAGUCUCAAGAAAGCCACCAAAUGGCUGUUGAACAACAACAAGCUAGCAUAAGAGACAAGAAAGCACCAAAUCCUACUACAAAACCACCCAAAACUAGAAUAAGACAAAGCACUUUAAAGAGAGGUGUAAGAAUUAUCCCAGAAGCAACAAAAGAAGGAAGUGUCAAAGAUAAAAAUAGAAAUCACAGAUCGCACGGAUCGGUCGACUACCGCCAGUAUUUGGAACCGAAAAUGUAUAAAACUGUUUACGUCUCACCAGCGCCGACUUAUGAUCAAGGUGUCACUAUCAAACCGAAUGGCAACAUUGGACUAACGUCCCUAAAAUCUUCUGAUGAAGACGUAAAAUUGUUUACAGAGGCUAUUCCAAGCAAGACAAGAUACGUUUACCCAAAACAAUACAACCAGAUGCAAAUUUAUGAAUCGGCUAAAGAUAUCGAAGCUUUGAAUGCUUUAUUGAAAAAAGCGCCUCAAAUUCAAGCAGCGGAAUUAAACUCUUUGGUCAAUCCAGAAAAUACAGAAAGCAAAGAUAUUCUCGAUACACCAAUAGAUCUAUAUUUCUAUAUGAAAGAUCCUCCUGUGCAGAAUCUAGCUAGCCAUUACGACCAAACAUAUGCUCAAAUACCUCCAACUUAUGCUAGUUCCUAUAUGCCAUCCUUGGUUAAAGACUACACGCCAAUAACAGAAGAAGUCGAUGACAUUGAAAAUCCUGAUAAGGACCCUAAAGUGAAACCUUAUGGUCUACAAUCUGUUUUGGCUACACAGAAACCAGAAAUUGAGACGACCUCGAAAAAAAGUAACAAUUAUUACAAAGUAGAAGUAGCUAGUCAAACCAUAAAUGCAGGAUAUAAUCCUAGUGAAGUAAAUCAUUUGAACGAUAUUGGUAGUUAUAAAAUUCAAGCACAACCUUUGAUACACUACUUGAAGAACCAUCCAACGAGUGAAGGAGAUUUGAGCGAAAGAUAUCUUCAUCACAACGCACAACAUCACGGUAUUCAACAUCUCUCUGAAGACGGUACAGAAACAUCAGCAUAUGGUGACGAAAGUGUAAGUAUAAAUAAUAAUAAUGAAUCUAAACAUCGAAAUAAAAGGGCUAUAAAGGAACCAUCUAAUUCUAUACCUGAAACAACCGGCCAGAUAACAGAAAUACCUGUCACUAUAGAAAAAAAAGAGACACCAAAAUCAGAACCUCUUAUUCGCAUCAACCCACUGAUUAACAAUCAUAAAAAAGAAAUAGAAACUUUUUUGACAACUCCUAAUUUUCCCGUCGGUGUUGCUAUAGAUUAUAAUACCGAUUACGAAAGUGAUGUGUCUAUUUCUGUUCCUAAAAAAAGGUUAAAUCGUGGUCAAUACGAUUACUCAAUUGACGACGACGAAUUUAAUGAUUAUUCAGAGGAUUUUAAUACGCCAGAUUACGAAUACAGCGGCACUCAAAACUUUAAACAACCCUCUUUAUUCAGAGAUGGGCAUAGACAAAAUUACGCGUCAAAUUUAGGUUACAAUCAAAAUACAGACUUGACUACUAGUUUUUCUAAUAAAUUCAGAAAUAUCAAACGUUAUCCUAAUCUUUCGAAUAGGGAUUUUUACGAUUCUCAUAAUGGAUAUAAUUAUGGACCUCCUGCAACUUCCUAUGGGGUACCGAACGUUUACGGACAUCCUGGUCAUCAAUAUGGCUUACCCCAAAGGUACGGGGUUCCAAAUGUAAUAGAACCGGUUUAUAUGUUAACAGAGAAUCAGUUGAAAAGUCUGCUUCACUAUGCAGCUAAUUACGAAUUCGGGUACAGAGUACGUGACCACGAAAGCGGUAACGACUUCGGACACCACGAAGCAAAAAGUGGUGAGAAAACCAACGGCCAUUACCAUGUCCGCUUACCCGACGGCAGAAUGCAGAAGGUUCGAUACUCGGCUGGUCCAGAAGGUUUCCACGCUGACAUAUCUUACGACCACCUAAAGUGAUAAUACUAUAAGGACGGUUGUUUUAAAAGUACAAAAAAGUGAUACCUAUUUAUUUCGAACGUUAAAUUUUUUUAGAUUUACAUAUUAAUAUGUUUAUUGAAGUUGUGUUAUAAUAGUAUUUAUUUAGGAAGAACAAAUGAAACAAAAGGCAAGAUAACUAUUUAUUUUCUAGCAAGAUAC